ACAUACAAAAUACACGAAACUAUCCGUACCGUACCAUCGUCCGUCAAACAAUUGGCCAGCCGUACCGAGAGUUUUGUCCUCGUGGUCACGUCGUGCGUCGACGUCGUUGGUCCAGUUUAUACAGCAUAAAUGGAAAUUAAGUAAAAUUAAAAAAGCGACAACAAAAAUUUAUUAGGAGGAUCGUGGUUUUCACAUGAAUAAAUCGAUGCGUUAUAUCUACUUGCACAACACUCAGAGCUUCUGUGAACAAAAUUGGCAGUGUUUGCCUCAAAUCAUCAUUCAAUUAGAGUAAUCAAAAAAUUUGUCUUCCCGACCCUGCCUCAGAAGCAACGUUUCGCUCAUCUUCUUAUCGGACUGGGGCUAAUGUAGACAUUUCGAGAGUAUUGUUGCUUCGUUUCAAAGUGUGAUGUUACGAUUGAGGGAAAAAAACUCGCCCUAAUGCCAGUGCCAGCGAGCGACACAAAUUAGUUACCGGCCGAACAGUGCGUCCACUUGUUCCAUUAUGUUUCUUAUCGUCAGUCUUGUUUUGACAGCUCUUGGAGCGCUCUACGUGUAUCUGGUGUGGAAUUUUAAUUAUUGGAAGCAACGCGAUGUUCCGGGACCGACUCCAACAGCCCUGCUGGGUAACUUUCCGGCCUUUAUUUUGCGCCAUCGGCCUUUCAUCGAUGAGAUGGACGAAAUUUACAGGAAUUAUAAGCGUAAAUACAACUUCGUCGGAGUUUUCACCAACCGUUCACCAGGAAUUUUCGUUUUGUCCGCUGGGCUAGCGAAAGAUAUUCUUGUCAAAAAGUUUAAAAACUUUCACGACAAUGAGUUUAGCGAAUCAACAAGUAAAACAGCGGACCCGAUUCUGGGUCGACACCCGUUUAUGCUGAGCGGGGAGGAGUGGAAAGAAAAGCGGGCCGAGAUAACGCCGGCUUUCACCACGGCCCGGAUGAAGCCUCUCUUUUCCAACGUGGAAGUCGCGGCGACUCAAAUGAAGGAAUACAUUGAGCAGUGCGAAGGUUCGUCUUUGGAUGCUAGGGAGCUGGCAGCAAAGUUCACCACGAAUGCCGUUUCCAGCUGCAUUUUUGCAGUUGACGCGCAAUCGUUCAGUCAUGAAAAACCUGAAAUUCGAGAAAUGAGCCGAAGGCUGAUGGAGCAUUCUUUCAUGUCGUUCAUACAAUUCCUUUUUGUAGGAGCAUUCCCAAAAAUUGCGAACAUGUUGAACGUAGGGAUUGUUUCUAAAUCAGUGGAAAAAUUCUUCACCAAGUUAAUGGCCCAGGCGAUUCAACAUCGCACCAGUGCUACUGAGAAACCUGUUGAUUAUCUCGAUUUUCUAAUUAACUUGCAGAACAGAAAGCAAUUGUCCGCACUGGACAUGGCAGCCCAUGGUGUGACAUUUUUUCUUGACGGAUUGGAAACGUCCAGUUCUGCAAUUUCGUUUGUACUGUAUGAGUUAGCAAGAAAUCCGUCAAUCCAACAACGUCUGCGUGAGGAGCUUUUGCACGCAACAAACGUCGAUGGUACGAUUUCGUACGAUACACUACUUGACCUGCCCUAUCUGGACCAAGUGCUCAAUGAAGCCCUCCGGUUGUGGCCUCCGGGUGCCUUCAUGUCUAAACGGUGCACCGAACCAAUAGAUCUGGAUCUAACGUCAAACCAGAAUGUUCGUAUCGAGAAGGGAGUUUGUGCUAUUAUUAACAUCUGGUCAAUACAUCGUGAUCCAGACUACUACAACGAUCCACUAACGUUCGAUCCGGAUCGUUUCCAUCCAGAAACAGGCGGCACCGGUCCGUAUCGUGAAAAAGGUUGCUUCAUACCGUUCGGUGAAGGACCCCGGCAGUGUCUGGGCAUGCGAUUCGCCCGAAUGCAAGUCAAACGCGGCAUUUACGAAGUGAUCAAAAAUUUUAAGCUUACACUGGAUCCGAAGACCAGGAUUCCACUGCAAAUCGAUCCGAAACAGUUUCUAACCGUGGCACUAGGGGGCAUUUGGUUAAAAUUUGAAGCUAUCAGAAUGUAAAAAUUCAGUUGACUACAUAAUGUUGCAUCUAUAACAAACAAUUUUCAGUUAAAAAGUAUGUACUGUACACUCGACCCAGAAUUAUUUUUGUUAGUAGAUUUAAAAACCUGGUAAAUAAAAAAAAAUUGGUAUCAGAACUUCACUUGAACUCGAAUCAACGUAACUGGAAUAACUUGAAACCCUUAUUUUCAACUUUUCCCGUUGUUUACUGUAAACACAACGUCAUCACUAGAUUAUAAUUAUUGUAAGAGCGAAAAUUGAUAUUUUUGUCGUGGGACUACGUCUUUGUUUUCUAUACUAAGAUGCAUUCUGAAAAAUCGAAAAUAAAACUGGCAAACGUUGCGUCAGAUUUCAAACGAUAAUAACAGCAUAACCACAUGAUGGAUAACAAUAACCAAUAUGUUGUUGGAUAGAUAAAUUGUUGAACAGUUUUGUAAUACGAUAGUUAGCAUUAUUUUUUCAUUGCUAUACGGUAAAAUUAAUAAAAAGUUUCAAUGACAAA